UUUGCUUUGCAGCAGGUCUGUAAGUCUCAUGUGGCAUCAUAUUAAAUUAUAUAGGCAGCCACUUGUUCUCAACUGAUGCACCAAGCUGAGAGGCAGCCUUCUCCUCAGGAAGCAGUCGAGAAGAUCCUCCAGUUCUGCAGACCUCCAGACCUUGGGCAGGUGGCCUGAAAGCAGAGGUGUGGGCCACCGCAGGGAGGGCUCAGCUCUGGGCAGAAGAUACCAUGAUUGUGGCUGAAAUCCUAGACCAUGGGCUGCGGGGCAUUUUGCCCUAAAGUGUCAGAGCUUCAGGAGGAGGGCAUGAACGCCAUCAACCUGCCCCUCAGCCCCAUCCCCUUCGAGCUUGACCCUGAGGACACGAUGCUGGAGGAGAAUGAAGUGCGAACCAUGGUGGACCCCAACUCACGCAGCGACCCCAAACUCCAAGAACUGAUGAAGGUAUUAAUUGACUGGAUUAACGAUGUUUUGGUUGGAGAAAGAAUCAUCGUGAAAGACCUGGCUGAAGAUUUAUACGACGGCCAAGUCCUGCAGAAGCUUUUUGAGAAACUUGAGAGUGAGAAGCUGAACGUUGCUGAGGUCACCCAGUCAGAGAUUGCCCAGAAGCAAAAGCUGCAGACUGUCCUGGAGAAGAUCAACGAAACCCUGAAACUUCCUCCCAGGAGCAUCAAGUGGAAUGUAGACUCUGUUCAUGCCAAGAGCCUGGUAGCCAUCUUGCAUCUGCUGGUUGCUCUGUCCCAGUAUUUCCGGGCUCCAAUCCGACUCCCAGACCAUGUUUCCAUCCAAGUGGUUGUGGUUCAGAAACGAGAAGGAAUCCUCCAGUCUCGGCAAAUCCAAGAGGAAAUAACUGGUAACACAGAGGCUCUUUCCGGAAGGCACGAACGCGAUGCAUUUGACACCUUGUUCGACCAUGCACCGGACAAGCUCAACGUGGUGAAAAAGACACUCAUCACCUUCGUGAAUAAGCACCUGAAUAAACUGAACCUGGAAGUCACAGAACUGGAAACCCAGUUUGCAGAUGGGGUGUACCUGGUGCUGCUCAUGGGGCUCCUGGAGGGCUACUUCGUGCCCCUGCACAGCUUCUUCCUGACCCCGGACAGCUUUGAACAGAAGGUGCUGAAUGUCUCCUUUGCCUUUGAGCUCAUGCAAGACGGAGGAUUGGAAAAGCCAAAACCACGGCCAGAAGACAUCGUCAACUGUGACCUGAAGUCCACACUGCGAGUCCUGUACAACCUCUUCACCAAGUACCGGAACGUGGAGUGAGGGGCAGACUGGACCAUCCCAAGCCACCUUAACCUGCCUAUGCCCGUCUCCCGCUCUGUGCCCUCCCCCAAGUCUGGCUGCCACCUAGAGAUAGUGGGACCUGAAAUUAGGAAGGAACUGAUCCGUAACUCUGUGGGCUGACCCACACCACUCAGGCUCUGAGGACCGACGCAGCGAUGGCUUGCGAAGGUUGUCCCCUUGCUGGUGCCAAGCUUAGAUUUCCCUCAGCCCCCAGCUUAGGCACAAGUGCCUGCCCCUCCCCACCCCCAGAAGAUGGAAAUAAAGAUAAUAGGUCCCAUUGAAGAGGUGUAACCUAUGGGCUGGGCAUCACGCUAAGUGCCCUGACCUACUCAAACUCAUGAAUACUCAUGACUCCCACUGACGCAGAUGCUGGCAGCCCCUUUUACAUAUAAGGAAACUGAGGCUCAGAGAGGUUCUGCGACUUGCCAGACGCUGCCAUUUGUUUUCCUUCUCUGAAGAACCUAUGUGUUCAUAGCCAGCCCAUUACAUUGCCUUUUCCCCAUGAGACACGUGUCCUCCAAGAAGAUGAGACCCCCCCACCCCAUCCCAUCCCAUCCCGAGCUCACUACCAGGCAGGCUAGGUCAGGGCUCAGUGAUUCACACUGAAAUUGGCAAAUCAAAUUUAACCCAAUUAAUAGUGUGUGUGUGGCAGGAGUCAUGUCCCUCCACUCCUUUGUACAAAUGAAAAUUACUCUUAAUUCCUUCAGAUUUGUAAUAGCCCCUUACUCUGGUUUCAGGGUGACAUUUGGGAAGGAUUCUGUUUAAAAUUAAUGGAGUGGCACAUUUUGCAGCCUUUUUGCUUGAUUGCAUGUAAUGGACGUGCCCUAUAUUUUCCUGCAAAGUAAGUCCUCGAUUCAUUAUCAUUAGGCAAAUGUACAAUAUACCCAGGCACCGCAGAGCGCUGGGCGCCAGCCCAUGUGAGCAGGGCUUGGGAAGUAGGGCUCUUCACCAGGGACCCUUGAGCUUUAAAGAAAGGAACUCCUUUUCGCCCUCUAAUUGAUCAUUUAGACCAUUUCUGGCUAAGUCUGCCCACAUGCAAUUACUGGCUAAUUCAGGCGAGGAAAAAUGUAAGUUAUUUAGGCCCAAGCGGAGUGGUUUCCUUGCGGGCUUGUGGUUACAUGGAUCCCCUCUACAUGAACCCAAGUUCCGAAUACAGAGCUCUCGCUGGCCCAGCCUGCGGGUCCUGGAGGGAUAGGAAAGGGCUAGAAUGGGGGUGACUAAGCGGACAAGAAGCUUGGGACAAAUGCUUGCACACUUAGGAUACAGAGGAUUACUCUCAGACCGAGGGAUGGGCCUGUGGCUAUUCAUACUUAGACUGCUAAGUUGACCGAGGCUUUGGGAGGAUUAAUAACUUAGAGUGAUACUGUAUCUGCAAUACAGAAUUUUCCUAAGUAUGGCAGGCAGACACCAGCCUGGGUCCCUGCCUCCCGAAGCCUGUGCCUGCUUUGUCACUACUUGAGGCCAGAUGGCACGAAGCCCAUCUCUGGUUUGAGGAAGUCCUUGUGAUCUCUGUCUACGCCACCCGGAGGGAGGCCUCCCAUUGUCUCUAAAACAUUCCUUCUAGCUUCUCAUCACUUCUUACUCUAUGGUCUAGCUGCAGGAACUCAGAAGCCACACCAUUUAGAGAGACUUCCUAUGUCUGCAGAGGUUUUGCUCCAAGAGAGAAUUAUUACUCAGCAUCAUGAGCAUUUAAGAUAUAAAGAAAAUGUACUCUCUUGUGUCAGUUUAAAAGAAUACAAUUCUUUUUUACCUAAUUAGUGAAAUAUUUCAUUUGUCUUUAGGAAACACUAAAUACUGUGAUAUUUCUGUUGGCUCUCUUUGAAAUUCCUGAUAGCAAACUGACAUAAAUAAUUGCUUUGUCUUCUUGAGCAAAUACUAAAGUGAGAUGAAAUAUGAGGAAUGCAUUCAUUUAAAUAUGCUUUGCUGUAUGAACUUUGUCUCCUUUGUGUGUGUAUGUGUGUGUGCCUUAUAUUCAAGCUGCAAAUGGACAGUGGGCAAAUGGCCUUAUUAAAAAUACUCCUUUUUUGUAUUUUACAUAUAUACUGUAUAAAAACACAUCAGAACACUUGGAAAGGUUUUUUUUUUUUUUAAGAACAGGUCUAAUUUAUCAUAAAAUUGUUUUUUUGAUACCGUCUUGCCUUAGUCUAGAACCCCAGGGCCUAGGCCUGGUUUUAUAGCCCUAUCACCUCACUUAGAGGUUUUCCUUUAGAUGCUAGAAGCUCUUGCUUAAUAUAUGACUUUGUUUUUGAAGCGGGGUAAAAGGCAUCAGAAAAUAAACCGAACUUAACCCCUCAUCUCUUUUAAAGAAAAAAAAAAAAAAAAAAACUAAGGCAAAAAUCAAGUCUCCAUCGGCUCACAGGGUCCUUUUUUUCCCCUUUUCCUCUUUUUUAAAUUUAAGUGCAUUGAUUAUUUUUAAUAAUUAAUGUAUAAAUGGUGCAAACUUCAAAAGCAUGAAUGGGCAUCUAGUAAAAAACCUAAUCUCCCUUCCUCCCCUCCCCCAGCAGCCAAUACCUGUCCCCGGAGGCAACUAUUUUGUUCUUUUUCUUAUAUUCACUUCCAGAGGUACCCCAGCAAUAUCAAGCAUCAACACGCAUAUAAAAUUACUUUUUAAAUAUAAAUAGCAAAUUGUACAUGCUAUCAUGCACACUGCUUUCUUCACUUAUUGUUCUGUCUUGGAAAUUAUUUUGCACUGGCAUUAAAACUUCUUACACUUUAAAAUUA